AUGGACAACAAGACCCACGUUAAAAAAGAUUCCCUGAGCAUCGAAGACCUUGCUCGCCAAAUGCGCCGCCCGAUCAUCAUGACCCCGACUGGCCCCAUGCCUCCCGGCGACGCCAGCACUCUUCAGAAGGUUGCGGACCUCAAAGCCACCGCCAUCAUCGCCGGCGACCUUCUCUGCGGUCUCCGUUUCGAAAGCCCCUCUGGCGAGACAGGCAACAUGAUUGCCCCAUCAAAUCUCGUCAAAGACGCCGUCAUCUACCAGGGCAACGACGCGGGCCUACCAGCUGCCAUCGAAUCUGCAGUACUUGGCCAUCGCAAGAGCGGCAUCAUUGACACCAUUCCCCUGCCCAUCACCAGCAAGGGCCUCAUGGGGUCCAAGCUACCUGCCGGCUAUCGCAAGAGUGAGAUCAAGCUCAGCUUCGUCGAUCGCAGUGAGGUCACCUCUCAAACCAAGGGGAACACGUAUAUACAGGAUUGCGAGUAUGACAAGGCAAUCAUUAUUUUUCCCUACGAUGAAGCGCUUCUUGGUCCACAGGCGACCAAGGCUUUGAUGCUUGAGGAGGUUGUUGAUGGGGGUGAGGGUACCGGUGCCUGUUGGGUUGUAGAGCGCUCAAAGGGCCCGUUCGAUGUCUGA